GCAUACGAAGAAUCAAAAGACAAGUGGUAGAUAAUUCGACUGCGUCGUGUUUCCAAGGAGAAGUCCGCUUUGGCUUCGGGAAGUCAUCUAACAUUGACAGCAGAGUGACAUUUUAUGCUCCAUUUGAAGAUUCUGUUGAGAAACUUUGAGGUUUUGUGAUCAUUUUGUGAUAAAUUGUGAAAAAUUCUUACGACCGAGACCUAAUUUGAAUUGCAACCUGACACGGCCACGGGAGCGCUUCGGUUUCCUGAGCGGAACGGCACGGGAGGUUCAUUCACCGGAGACAUUACGGCCGAUUGUGCACUGACGACGCCGUACAACACCUGCGUUGCUUACCGUUAACCGUCGGAACGCAGAAACAACUUGCUGUAAAUCAUGGAUAUUGAGGUUGAGCAGUGAGAUAUUUUAUGUUUUCAACGACGGAAACUCGUUCAUUUAUAAGUGGAGCUCUAUACUGUGUAUAUUUUUGACGAUUCCAAUGCUAUGCUAGUGAGCUGAGCAGGUGAUUUUCUACUGCUUCGGUCUUUUCGGCUCAUGAUCUAUUUCCAUUAUCAGAAACUAGAAAGAAAGCAACGCAGUCUAUUGAACAACGUGUAUUGAUUGGCAACCACGGACUAUUCAUUCAUUGCACUUUCUGCUCGGACAAGAAUUUGGAAGGAAUAAGUUCUUUGACUCAUGACAGGUGUCUUUAUCAUUCCUAACAGGAACAAACUUCUGUAUUAAAUUAAUACCUUGAAUUUAUAAAGACAAGACAUCUAACUGUAAAUUAAUAGGCAACUCUGACUCUAGUCUGAUUAAAACAUAAGUAUAAUUCUAAACAACUCCAAAUAUUUCAUCAGGAAUUAGUCAUUCAUCUUUCAACAGAAUAUUUGGAUGAUUGUGGAUGUGAUGGUUACAGAUCAUGCAGAUGGAAUAUGUUCUCUGCUGUGAAAGACAAAAGGUGACAAAUUAAACACUUUCAUAUGAUGGUGUGACAAACAAAUCUGCAAAAAUGUAUCCUGGCAGAAGAAAAGCAAAGCUGCCAAGGACAAGCGCAAUGAACCUCAAAACAGUGGAAGUACCGAGAGGCCGAAACGGCUAUGGCUUCACUGUAUCGGGUCAGUCGCCUUGUGUAUUGAGUUGCAUCCUGCACGGAAGCCCUGCAGAAAUUGCUGGGAUAAAAACGGGUGAUAGUGUCAUAGCAGUGAACGGAGAGAAUGUGACACGUCUCAGCCAUGAACAAAUUAUCAAGUUGAUAGGAGCAACUACCGGGGUGCUGCGUCUGACUGUCGCGGAGGUGGAUUAUUCAGAGUCUUCCGAUGACGAGUAUGUGUACAUGCCCAGGACUCGAUACCCGCACACUAAGAGAUCGCAAAGUGCCACGCCUUUGUCGAUGAUUGGGAAUAAACCACGCGCUGAAAUGGUUGUGGAAGAGAUGCAGCAGGGUGCUCUUCUUGAUUCCUUCUCUAUGCAUGCAGACAUGCCUCAAGCAAUGCUUAGAGGAGCCGAGGUACAGCACAUCCAGGCAGACGUCCAGAUAAGCGCUUCCAAGUUUGCACCAGGUCAUUUGAGUCCUCUCAAUAUGCCAGGAAAUGGAGAGUUGCUUCUCAAAAGAUCACCUAAUUACGAUUACUCCUAUUGGAAUGGAAAAGGUGUUGAAAAGAUGAACAUACCACCUAAGACCAGAAAACCCAGGAGGCAAAAUGACCCAAGGAAUCGUUUGUUUUCAACACCUACUCCAACUAGCUACUACAUUCGAGAGAAUCCUUAUGAUGAUAAUGACCCAGACAUGCGGCCAUUAUCCCCAGUUGAACUGAGUCAUUUGAUGUAUCCAGGAAAUGUCACCAGUCAUGAUACCUCAAGGGGUAUGCACAAGUCAACGUCGCUUCAAGGAAAUGCCAGUCGAAAUGUGUCUAGUGUGUCCCAGGGGCACAGCUUGGGUGCUUCUUUGAUGGAGAACAAUGAAAACUUUCACAUGAGAGCCAUGGUUGGGUAUCUUGGAUCCAUUGAUAUUCCAGCUUCUGCAAAUCUUCCAACUGCCAGUCUCCAUGCGAUUAGAGGAUGUGUUCGAAGACUUCACAAAGAGCACAGGAUACAUUCCUUUAUGAUGAUGGAGAUUCGGACUGAUGGUGUUCGUCUCGUGAACAGUAACCAGCGCAUAGCUGUUGUGUACCCGAGAGAACGCCUUGCCUUUAGUGGUGUCUGUCCGGAUGACAAGCGUUUCUUCGGCAUCGUCACAUCGCAGAACCCUGAGGAGAUCCUAGAUACCUUGGAUAGUGAUGACGAACCAAUUGGAAGCUCUUGCCAUGUUUUCAUGGUGGAUCCAGAGUUCAGAAGGCAUGAUGUUCAUGCUCGGGUAAUCUCGCAGUUUGGUGUCCCUUGCAACACGAACCCAGAAACAAACACCUGUGACAUCUUCCCCUCGUCAGCCAAGCCCAUCCUGCAGCACGUGUCCCAAUUAUACCGUGACCGGAGUGACUUGUCCUACUUUGGUGAACUCUAUGGUCAGUCCACAUUCGUCAGUGGUCCUCGUCGAAGUAACAGUACCAACAGCAGUAACAGUGAUAGCGGAUUUGGUAAUGGAAAUAGUACUAAAGACCAAAGUGAUUUCAAUGCUCAUAUGGAUCAAAGUCACCACAACCCAAUCCUUGAUGUUGCAUCUUUGAUGCGUAACAAGCGAGGUGGUGGUGGUGGUAACAGGCAUAUUGUUCAAGCUGAUGUCAAUGCCUCCUUGUCGUCAGACGUGCCUUACUCUUUGUCUUCAACUUCACCUCAAUCCAUCGAUACAUCCCCACAGAACAUGUACUUCAAAAACACCAAAGACAUAUCAGGCAGGCUCACUCCAAGAGCCCGCCCUGAUCCUGUUGGCUUCCGUAGUCCUUCAGUAGUGCCAGUGCAACAAGAAAAUGCCUUUCGCUAUCAACAGCAGGCUGCAAGACCAUCCAGCGUCCAAGUGCCUCUCCAGUCCCACAUACAGCAUUCUGCGCCUCCUGAGCUAAAGCAAUUCAAACAACCAGGCAUUGACUUCAAUGCCCAUAAACCAAAUGCCGAAAGCUCCGGCUCCUCGACUCUGGAAGAUAAUUCCCAGAGAGGGAAGGAGUUGAUGGGUCCACCAAAGAGCUUGCCUCCAACGGGACGUCACUUGAUGUACAGCAAGCCCGCACAGGAUUACCUUGAUGGAGCCACUAAUCAAGCUACAGCCAGGAAGGUCCAGCAGGAGAUGGCAAGGAAACUAUCGGAUAACCAAUCCUUUCAUCAGAAACAACAGCUGUUACGUCAUAACAGUGACUGUUCUGAGUACAGCAGCUCUACACGGUUGUCCAAGCAGGCUAUAGAGAGACUACAGAAGGUUCGUCAUGACCCUCGUCAUCUUACGCCUUCGAAUCAGCAGACUUUGGCAGCAUCGCAGACAGAAUUGAAUAACGAUGGCCGAGGUAUCUCUAGCUCAGCAAGCAACCCCAACCUGGCGGCCAAAGGUAGCGGCCUGGCUGAGCUUGACCCAUCGAUAGGGAGAGUGUCCAGUUGGGCCGUAGACUUUGAGAGGUUACUGACCGAUGAACUAGGCUUGGCAUGUUUCACAGAAUUCUUAAAGAAGGAGUUCAGUGAUGAGAAUAUCAUGUUUUGGAUUGCUUGUGAAAAGAUGAGCAAAAUCAAAGACCACAAAGAGCUUCAACGGACAGCCGAGGAGAUCUACGCGAAACAUUUGGCGACCAAGGCGCCUAUGCCCGUCAACCUAGACAGUAGCGCACGAUCCUUGGUUGAGGGGGCCAUGAAGAACCCAACGCCAGAAAUGUACAAAGUGCAACAACUACAGAUCUUCAAGCUCAUGAAGUUUGACAGCUACUCUCGCUUCCUCAAGAGCAAGCUGUACCAGGACUGUGUCCUGGCCGAGAUGGGUGGCCUGCCCCUGCCCAUCAGCCUUGAGAAGGUCUCCACCGCGGACUCUGAGCCGUCUGCAGGAGACCUUGAGGACAGCGGUGGAGUUCACAGUGGCAGCGGUGGGAUAUCCAGUGAGAGCAGCAGCUACGAGAAAGGAGGAGAGAAGAACGGAGGAGUGACGCUGGGAGGAACGGUCAAGGAUAGAAUGGAGAGGAAGAAGAGUGGACCCAAGAGAGAUACUAACAGGAAUGGCAUCCCUACUGAGAAGGAAGACGACGGCCAGGAGAAGAAAAGAAGUUCCAUACUGCCCUGGAGAAACAAGACAAAGAAAGUUAAAGAUGUGGAUAAAACAAGUUCUUGCAACGAGGAUACGAGUGUGAGCAGUCGUCAUAGCUCAGUGACCAGCAGUGAUUUCAGACCCGCUGGGGACAAGUUUGUGGACAUGAACCACUGCUUCCACAUGAUCUUCCCCAAUAAUGAGAUCCUGACGUUGACCCCUGACCCCCAGCAGUCGGUCAAAGGGAUCCUUCUACCCCUCCUGGAGGAACGAGGCCUUGGGCUCCAAAAUGUGGAGAUCUUCCUUAACGACACCAAGGAGAGUGUUGAAUCGGUUAAGCAAAAGCUAAUUAACUUGGAUCAGCUUGCCACUGAGAUGAUUGGAAAGCAGAUUGUUGUGGAGAGAAGGGUAGUCUUCAAGAUUGAGCUUCCAAAUAAGAGAGUGAUCGGAGUGAAAUCUAAGCUGACCAAAAAGAUCAUAGAAGUACUCAGACCAGUUACAUACAAGUAUAAGCUGCAGCUAGAUGCCCUCGUUGUCCAUCUGAGUGACUCUCCUGUUCCUCUAGAUCUGGACAUCACCGUAGCCUCAUUGGACGCUCAGAGGAUACUCAUAGAGACACUCGAGCAGUACAGUGCUGGUUCCUAUAGCUUCGGAGGGAGAGCUUCAGUUGGAGCAAGGGGUGAAUCCCAGCAAAAAUCUGGCGAGGUGAGGUCAAGCUCUGUUGAUAGCUACCUGAAGGACGAUGAAACAGUUCGUGCAGACUCCAGCAAGGUUGUCAAGGAAAAACUCACAGCACAGGUAUCAGCCCCGGCCAUGUCAGCCUUCCAAGCGGCACCCCAAGGAGACACCAUGAGGGAGCAGAGACACCUGGCAGCAGCUGCAGCAGCCAAGACCCCACCCCAGGUCAAUCACCUACCCCCGUCCUCAUCAUCGGUCUCCACCUCAGCCCUGGUGGGUAAGGGCAGGACCGAGGGAAGGGCGGAGGCCAGGAAAUCGGCAGGCAACCUGAAGGUCACUGGCAAGGAAACAGAAGAUCUUAUUGCUAUGGUAACCAAGGUUCAAGGCAAGCGCUUGGAUGAUCAGAGAGGCCUCACACUACGCAACUUAGAGCUCCCUGACUUCCUUAAAGUCUCUGCCGCCCCCACCUCUUCCUCAUCUUCUACCAAGCCUGUGGACAGUCGUCCAAAGAGCGCCCUCGCCCAGCCUUACCGGACCAAUGCACCAGCUUCUAAACCACCAAACCAGGAGCAGGGAGAGCUCAAGGCUAUUAAUAUUGAGGCACUGAAACUACGCCCCAAGUCAACACCGCCAAGGCAAGGCAUCAUGAAGGGUGAUGAUGAUGAUGCAUUCGUGGAUGGUGUUUUUCCAACACAGGAUCAAGCAGAUGCACUGUUUGGGAGCGGAAGCCCGCGCAGUCCAGUUGUUCGGUUUGAUGAUACCGUCGUAAGCAGUUCACAUCGAGAAACAUCUUGGGGUCAGGGGUCAAAUGUGAACUAUCCCCAGAAUACAGACAAACUAAGGCCAUCGGUGGCGAGUUCAUAUCAGUCGAGAACAAGCUCUUUUGAAACCCCGGACAGUAAGUUGAGUCCGCGGGCAUAUGGUAAUGGUAAAAUAAACGGGAAUGACUCAACGGACUAUGGUCAGAAUACCACGGCAUACUCGCUGGAGUUUAAUAGUUCAUUUGGAAGCAUGGACCAACCCAACCUUUUAGAUACCACCUUAACAUCAACGCCCUCAGAGUCUCAUCUUCCUCCUCCUCCUAAUGCAGACAUGGACACCACCAUACAGGCUGACCUACCGAACUACACCCCUCCCCCCGCGAUCGGUGUGAAUCAGCCACGUCCAGCUGUGUUUGCCAAGAUGGGCAGCCAGAGCACCCCUGAUGUUAGGAAGACCCCCUUUAUGCACCCCUUCCGCUCUGGAAGCACCCUCCCUGGCCAUAACAUAACUCCAAAGCCUGUCGUGGAAGCCAAUGGGUAUGUUUCCAAGGCAUACACUAGGAGCAUAUCCAGCGGCCAGCUCUCCUACUCCAACAACAACAACACCAACGUCCCCCUCCCUGUAAGUGCCCCAGACAUCAAAGUUGAGACGAACAAUUGCUAUUCCAAUUAUUGUCCCCUUCCAACCACACCCAACGGUAGCUCCUAUGGUGGUUCUUCCACCAACAUUGAUGACGUGCCCAUGUCUCCUGCAUCUCCUGUGUCUCCGGCUCCACCAGAUGUGACUCAAGUGCUUGCCAAGGAGAGAGUUAUCAAGCCCCCUCCUGCGUACCAUAGCAGCAUGUCCACCAGACAGUCAAAUCCAGCAUUCACGUCCAGUGAACACUUGCAGGUGGCACCAACCUAUGGCCAAGGCAACCGACAGGGCGCAACGCAAAGUGCCACUUGGAGUUCCUCAACUGUCAAUCCAGGCAGCGGUCCAUCUGGGAGACCUAGUAACGGGGCCACAUGGGCAGGGCCAAGAGGUAAUGCCCCCCAGGUAACAAGCACAGCCUCCACAUCCGCACCUCGUAGCUACCGAGGACCAGUGCCUUAUGCAAGCAUUCAACCACCAAGGGCGCAACCCAGCUCGCAGGGCGCUGUACCCAAGUCUCCUGUCAGUGGAAACCAAGCAACAUAUAGUAACAUUAACAACUUGGAUGCUGGUGCCUCUGGUGGGGCUAAGGGCGGGGAAGGGUCUGGUGAGGGUUACCAAGGUAAAGAAACAGUCGUCAUCUCCAAGGAUGGUAGGAAAUUGAGGGCCACUUUUGUUUAAAAUCUCCUCCAAACAGUUCCAAGGAAAUCCCUUUACAGGAAAUGUCUAUACCAUCAUGUUAUAAGAUAUCUUUGAAAUACAAGAAAAGUUUUCUACCUGGUACUUUUUGGUUGUGCUUUUGAACAAAUAAGUCGUUAAAUGCUGCAUGUAAAUAACUCUUCUAUUUGAAGAAGGAAAAAUUCUUUCCCAAGCUCCACUAUCUUCUCUUUAACCUAUGCUUAACAAGUCAAUACCACAACAUUUGUUCUGCCAAUCUUCCUUUCGAUUCAGUCAAUUUAAUGCUCUCUGUCUUCAAACAAACUUAUGUCCCCUGACCAAAAAAUAUUGAAGUAAAUUUGUAAAUAAUUUUAGUUUUUGACAAACAGUAAAUUGUUGGUAAUUUCCAAAUGAGUGAUGACAAUCUUGAUAUUUUCAGGUCCUGUUGAUUGAUUUUCAUACUUUAUAUGUAUAUAUACAUACAUUUGUAAGCAUACUUGAAUUCAUUUUUAUCUUCAUCAUGUAUGUGGAGUUAUGAUGAAAUUGAAACAACAAAAAAAUCAUCAAUAUUUAGCCUUAAUUUGAUAUGAUUUAUUUUUCUCAUUACCAUGAACCAUUUAAAAAGAUGAAAUGUAUUUUAUUAUAAUUCAAAAGCAUUAUAUAUAUCAUGCUGUGUUUGAACAAAAUUAAUUUAGUUGUAGGGACAUCUUUCUUCUUUUUACUGCAAAUUGUGCUUUUGUUUUGUCUUUUAAUUGCAGUUUAUACAAAUUAGGUUGUUCUAUCAAAUGAGAGAAAUUAUUCAUUGCCUGCACAUAUUGAACAACUUCUGAAAUAUUGACAAUGUUUUGUAGAUAGUGCAAAAAAGAAUUGAGAUAUACGACUUGUAAUUUAUGAAUUACCAAAGAACUUUUUGUUGUAUAUAUAUAUAAAUAUAUAUUUCUCAUAGAGCAUAUCUGUAGCUGCCAUUUCUGGUAAAUUAUACUAUGUGCACUUGCUUGGUUUUUCUAACUGAUUUGUUAUAUUCUGUGUACGUUUUGUACAGUUACGUUAUUAUAAGAUACCUUUAUACAGAAACGAUGUAAUGUCCCUUUUAGAUGGGAAAAAGUGUUAGUUGAGAAAAUGUUACAUUUUCUAUAUCUUCUUUAGACAAAUGUACAUGUAUUAGCCAAAUCACUCUAUUUUUUCUGGCACAAUAUUAUUGAUGUCCUAUUUUUAUUUGUAGAUGGCAGUCACAUUGCUUAUGCAAGAAAGGGAGUGUGUGUUGUAUUAUUGUUUGGAAAUAUGAUAUAUUUUUCACUGAUUUUAUGCAAAAUUUGUUGUCAUGAAAUAAGCAUGUGACAAGGAAUAAGAUACAUAAUUUUCACACUUUUGGCAUUACGUAGGGAUAAAUUUCGUUCUAGUCUGUCCAUCUGCUUUUUCAUUAAUUCUUUUUUUCCCCCAUAAUUUUGAAGCCACCGAUAUUAAAAGCAUUACAAGUGUUUGAUAUGUGAUUCAUUCACAAGUUUCUGUAGCCUCACUUUGGCAUUUUGAAGUAGAACUUACAGCCUUUUCACACACAGCUAAAAUUCUAUAAACAUGACUAGUAUAAACGUGUUUCGAACGUGUUUAAACUAGUCACGAGCCUUUCACACACAG